AUCUCUGUUUUUGACCUAUAGGAUCUAAAGAAAGAAAUUAAACUAAAUGUUAAAGUUGAAUAGAUAAAAGGCAAUCAACAUAUUGAGAUGAGAUGCCUUAUGUGCUGAAUUAACUGGAGGUGCAUAUAUUACUGAAGGAGAUCAACUGUGAAAUUGGAGUAAUCACAAAACGAUGCUAUUGAGCAUAGAAUAUUUUUCUCUUAACUUCACCUGUGUUGUUCAAGAGCUGAUGAUAAAAUUUUGAAUUGGGGGCAUAAUCAGUACAGGCAUAAUAGUGCCAUGGAAGUUUGAGACCAAAGCCAGUUUGAAUUGGAAGAUUGAAGGAACGCACAAGGACAUAGAAACUACUAACUACUCGAGGCCGGUCGGGGGAGGGUCUUCUAUGUCAUCUCCAUUCCAUGUGACAUUGUUAUUAGAUCACAUGAUGGAAAACAGAAUUCACGCAACUUUUGGCAGAUUUAAUAUCAUUGCUUGAAGCGCUUGAGGUAUAAAUUGUGGAAUUGCACUUAACUUGCAACUUUUUCCUCAUCAUGAGUGCUGAUCCCUGUGGAUUACAAUAGAUAUAUGUCUCCAGCCCUGCCAAGAUCUGUCAAGCCAUUUGAAGUCUAAUGGGUUCCAGAUUCCCAUCGCACCAGCUCAGCAAUGGCCUCUAUGUUUCAGGCCGACCUGAGCAACCCAAGGAGAAGCCUCCAGUGAUUUGCUCCACAGCCAUGCCAUAUACAGGUGGAGAUAUUAAAAAAUCUGGGGAACUAGGGAAGAUGUUUGAUCUUCAUGUGGAAAAAUCCAGAAAAUCUGGGCCUCUUAGUAAUAACCCUUCAAGAAAUCGAUCAUUUGGAGGUGCUGCUUCCCACUCAGGGCCUAUCAUGCCUAAUGGCCCUGGGCAGUCUUCUUAUGUAGCCCCAAGUUCUGGUUCUUCAUUUGUCACUGGUGGUUCUGGUAGGCAGAAAUCGAACUCUGGCCCGCUUAGACAUGGGGAUUCAGUUAAAAAGUCAUCUGGGCCUCAAUCUGGAGGUGUCACCCCAAUGGCUCGCCAAAACUCUGGCCCUCUUCCACCGGUACUGCCAACUACAGGUCUCAUCACUUCGGGGCCAAUAUCUUCUGGGCCACUUAAUUCAUCUGGAGCCCCUCGGAAAGUAUCAGGUUCUCUGGAUUCUACUAAGUCAAUGAAGCCACAUAGCACCUCCAUUGUUCAUAACCAAGCCGUCACUAAUCUCACUCAGGAGAAUGAUUAUUUGUUCAAGGGGAGCUUGCCUAAGCCUAUCCUUUGGUCUGUCAUUUUGUUGUUUGUGAUGGGGUUUAUUGCAGGUGGCUUCAUUCUUGGUGCUGUUCAAAAUGCCAUUCUUCUUAUUGUUGUCGUAACCAUAUUUGGAGUUGUCAUUGUGCUUUCCUUUUGGAAUACUUGUUUUGGACGAAGAGCAAUUUUAGGAUUCGUUGCCCAGUAUCCUGAUGCUGAUCUGCGAAAUGCCAAGGACGGGCAGUAUGUCAAGGUCUCUGGGGUUGUUACGUGUGGAAACUUUCCACUCGAGUCAUCAUAUCAUAAGGUCCCCAGAUGUGUGUACACAUCCACUGGUCUAUAUGAAUACAGGGGCUGGGACUCAAGGACUGCCAAUUCCCAGCGUCGAUGUUUUACCUGGGGAUUAAGAUCAAUGGAGAGGCAUGUGGUAGACUUUUACAUAUCUGAUUUUCAAUCGGGAUUGAGAGCUCUGGUCAAAGCCGGUUAUGGUUCUAAGGUGACCCCAUAUGUCGAUGAGUCUAUUGUUAUCGACGUCAACCCAAACAACAUGGACUUGUCUCCUGAAUUUCUCAGGUGGUUGCAAGAGAGGAACCUUUCCAGUGAUGACCGCGUGGUGAUGCGCCUGAAAGAAGGUUAUGUCAAAGAGGGCAGCACUGUGAGUGUAAUGGGGAUCGUCCAAAAGAAUGAGAAUGUUCUAAUGAUAGUUCCUCCUUCUGAGCCCUUCUCCACAGGAUGCCAGUGGGCGAAGUGCAUAGUUCCAUCAAGCCUCGACGGAAUAAUAUUGAGAUGUGAAGACACUUCAAAUGUUGAUGUCAUACCGGUAUAAUGGACAUAAUUGGUGUCAAAAUAUUAGAUGUUAUUUAUGCCAUCUCUGUUGUUAGCUUUGGCAGUAUAUGACAUUGUGAUCGAUCAUGGCCUAAUAUCUUGAGCUUGUAUAGCUUUGUCUUUACCCCUUUUGUUUAAUUAAACCUAGAUAAAUUUUUAAGAUGGCUUAGUGGAUAAUUGUGUUGUUUGAAGGGAAAACUGAGCAACACCUACUGUAUCAUUCUGUUGUUAUUCAAGUAAAUUGGAUCAGUUCAUGUAUAA